GGUUUUAAGUUUUUUAAUCAAUGCAAACUGUUUCGUGAAUUUAAGCGUAUUUACAAGCUAUGUAACGUUUAGUAACGGAAUGUGCGUCUCAUUUAACUCCUUAUAUCGUGAAUCAGUACAUCGUAAACCAAUUCAAGUAACGUUACUGGAAAUAAGUGAAGAGAGAAACCGUUUUUUUUUUAACUACGAGUCAAAUGAACCAAAUCAUUCGUAAAAAAGAUUCACUGCUUCGGUCAAACCGUGUAAACGCAACGAGAACAACAAACACAAACGUUUAAUGGGUGGACAGUAACUAAGUACAUUUUUUGAGUAUCUGUACUUGCGUAUUAUUUUUUUCUGGUAACUUAUGACUUUAACUUUACUACACUUGAAAGACAAAUAAUGUACUUUUCACUCCACUACAUUUCUAACAAGGUCCACCAAGUCGAAAGUCUUUACUAUUUAGCAGCUUUGAAAGUCAGUUGGUGAUUUUUUUUCUUCUUCUCUAAAACGUGACUUUAUUCUUUUUUUUCAGAAAGUCUAUCAGUAUGUAUGAAUGUGAGUGAAUGAUUCCUCAAAUUACUUAUAUAAUUUGAAUACAGUCUUACUCUUGCCUUUCUUAUAUGCCUGUAUAAUAACCUGCACAAUCUGAUUGAUCUCAUCAUUGAUCAGCAAAAAAAAAAAAAAAAUCAAAGGUGCCAGAAAAGUCCUUGGGAAAGCAAACUUUACUGCAAAAGACAAUUAUUUUGCCUUAGAAAGUCAGCAGAAAGAUAAAUGGCAUUUAAAUUUAAAAAUGAAUAUAUUUUCCUUUAUAAAUGUGAAAUCAUGGUAAGUGUCACCUUUUGUCUUUAUUAGCUAUUGAUGUUUAGUGAACAUCUGGGCAAAUAAACUGCUUACAUCCUUGGAUCCUUUACUAAAGACGGCCUCCUAAAAUCAGUAUAAAAUUACAGUGAUUCAGUGCUUUAGUCAGUCUCGAUGACUGCAGCGCACACAGUACCAUCUCAAUCAAUAACCCGAUGAAGAUUUGCUCAGUCUCCUGAUCUUCACUUCUGAGUUUACUAUAGCAGUAACUGUAUAUUGCAAGUAUUUUGUUUUCAAAACUUUUAACUUCACUAAAAUCAUAUAACAUUAAUCAAUAUAUAAUAUAAUAUAUAUAUCUCUAUCUCUUAGGAUAACUGUGAACUCUUUUUGAUCCACUUCAAAUGUUGUGGGAGUAACAAGUGAACAUGUUACAUGGUUUUUGGCAAUUAAAGAAACUGAAAUGGUAAUAAUCAAUGAACCAUUUUCAUUUAUACUGCAAAAACUGUAAUUUAUGCAAAACUGCUCAUAUAAAAGAACAUUAACACUGAAAUCAAUAAGAUCAAACACAGACCACCUUUCCAUCCAGUCCUUAUAAAAGACAGAUUUGUUCAUUUUCAGUGCGUGUCUGAUAUUCAUAGAGGGCUCAUAUAGUAAGGAAAAUAGUUUAUAAAUCAGUUUCCAAUAAUUGAAAUCUAGCAGAUUAAUCGGUAACUUAUGUAUAUUAUAAUCACAUUUUAGCAUAGAUUAUAUACUGCCAGUUUUAAUAAAGAUUUUCAUUUAGACAGUCAAUCAGUGGUUUUAAACUCACGCUGACGACACCUGCUGCUCAAAACAGUGCAAAUGCAAUGAGAAAAACAAACACAAACGUCUAAAGACAACUUCUACAAACCAACUUUAAAUGUUUUCAUGCAAGUGGAAUCUAACGAAUAUUAGCCUACAAAUCAGAAAAAUCCCAAAUAUAAAUCUUAAUGCAAAUAUGAAACUUGUAUAUCAUUUGUGUUCUGACUGCUAGUUUUUGUUUUUUGUGUCUUAAUCAGGUCAUUUCAGGCCAUCACCAAUCACUCUGACUGACUCCCUCACCAGUGUGCUGACUACUGAACCAGGGAGCUGAUCGAGACACAACCAAAGAUUUAGUUUGGAUUUUAUUUUUAUUAUUAUUAUUAUUAUUAUUCUCACCUUAAACAGGACAAAUAGGACACUAUUGUAAAGAUGGCGUUUAUUAAAGAGGAGAGUGAAGACAUAAAGAUUGAAGAAAUAUUCAGAGUCAAACAUGAAGAUACCGAGGAUCAAACAGACCUGAUGGUGCUGAAAGAGGAGAGUCAAGAAAUGGAGGAGAAAAAUCAAUAUAAGAAUCAACAUGAUUUUAUAACUGAAGAAAAAACUUUUUUUAGUUGCUCACAGACUGAAAUAACUUCAAGAAAAAUGGAUCAAAAGACAGUAAGGAAUAGUUAUUGCACCUGCCAACAGUGUGGAAAGUGUUUCAGUCAAAAAGCAACUCUUAAAAGCCACAUUAGAAUUCAUACUGGAGAGAGGCCUUACGUAUGCCAACAGUGUGGAAAGAGUUUCACUCAUGCUGCAAACCUUGGAGGCCACAUGAGAGUUCACACAGGAGAGAAGCCUUAUGCCUGCCAACACUGUGGAAAGUGUUUCAGUCAAAAAGCAACUCUUAAAAGACAUAUUAGAAUUCACACUGGAGAAAGGCCUUAUGUAUGCCCUCAGUGUGGAAAGAGUUUCACUCAUCCUGGAAACCUUGCAGGCCACAUUAGUGUUCACACUGGACUGAAGCCUUAUGCCUGCCAACAGUGUGGAAGAGGUUUCAACCAGAAAAGAAAUCUUAACUCCCACAUGACAAUUCACGCUAGAGAGAGCCUUUUUACCUGCCAACAGUGUGGAAGAAGUUUCACUCAAAAAGGAAGCUUUAACAAACACAUGAGAAUUCAUAAUGAAGAGCAGCCUUACACAUGUGAUCAGUGUGGUAAGAGUUUUGAUCAACAUGAAACCCUUGAGGUCCAUAUGAGGACUCAUAGAGAGAAAUCCUACACAUGCCCUCAGUGUGGAAAAAGUCUCGGUCAAAAACAACACUUUAAAGACCACAUGAGAAUUCACUCUGGAGAGCAACCCUACACAUGCCCUCAGUGCGGAAAGAGUUUCAAUUAUAAGCAAAACUUUGAAACCCACAUGAGAAUUCACACUGGAGAGAAGCCUUUCACCUGCCAGCAAUGUGGAAAAUGUUUCAACCGGAAAGGAAACCUUAACAGGCACAUGAGAGUUCACACUGGAGAGAAGCCGUUUAAUGUGGUCACUGCGGAAAGAGUUUCAGACAUAAAGAAGCCCUUAAGUACCACAUGAGUUUUCACAUAUGAAAUAACUGUUUUUAUGUCAUCAGUGUGGAACAUUUCACAGACAGGAAACAUCUUAGGAACCAUGUAAUAACACCAGAGAGAAGCCUCACUGUUGGAAGGAACCUCACUGUAGAAAGACUUGCAGAAACAAUGAAAAUUUUAGGUUCACAGAAGCAACACUGAUGUAGUUCAAAAUACCCAAGCAGUGGAUUUAGGCCACUCUGUCCAGAUUUUUUCAAGGGUGGGGGUCAAUGGGCAGGUAAAUGCAUGGGUUUUUCUUUGAUCUUUUGAUCAAAUGGACAAAAUAUAUUCACAAAAUUUAUGUGAAUGAGACAAUGGAAAAAAAAUAAGGACAGCAGCAGCUUUUGUUUCUGCUGAUAGCUGCAAAAACUGAUAGCCGCAAAACCACACCAAAUGCUGUAGAUGCAUGUUAGAAGUGAGGAUUGGUGGAGAACAUUGUGCUUGGUAGGUUUUUUAAUCUUCAGACCACACUUACAACUUCAGCUGACCAAAUUUGUUUCCCAUCUGUAAAGAUUCUUCCCAUUACGUUUACGCAUUAGAUCAGUGGGCAGAGAGUAGGCCGUCUUUUGUGGCUGUUUGAAUACAUUUCACCACAUGAGUGUUUAAAUCACAAAAGCAAUCCGGUCAAAUGCAUUUUCCACUAUCUGGAAGUGGUUGAAAGUUGUCAAGCUAAAACGUUUGCACCUGUAUUUAGAGUUCUCUGUUUAUGAUCAGAUCUUAAUUACAGGGGCUCGUUCUUCGUACAUCGCUUAUUACAUCCGAGAUGAAAUGUCACAUCCAAGAUGAUAUCAUAGCGCUAAUCAGGAUCUGGCUAAUUCGGUUCUUCAAAGCACCUGUUGUUGAUGAUUAGUAUGGCUGGAUUGAGUUAUCUGAGAUAAUUGCGCGUGCAUGGGUGGGUUUAAAAGGGGUUAUGUAUCGAUCCUCAAAACCACGAUCAGCAAUGCAGUGAUUGGCUGGCGGCAAGACGGCAACCUAAUGACAUCAUAUAAUUAUAAAAGUCCAGAAAUUUGUCAAGUUUUUCGUCAGGUGUCUUUUUUAAGGAAACAGCCCAGCGAACAAAACGAAAUGUUAUAAUAGAUAAAUGAAAUGUGCACUUUAUGUGUAUUUAUUAGGGAUGCGCCGAUCAUGAUUUUUCAUGGC